UCGUUUACGUGUCGUGCGAAUAAUUAUUUUAAAAUUAGGAACAAAAUGCGUAAAAAUACCAAAUUAGCAAACAAAACCACAGGGAAUAUUGUCAAGUUAACAAACUUUUUCCAUCGCGUUCCUGGAUCGACGCAAUCAAGAAGGGUUUUAAAUGAAGCAAAUUCACGAGGCAUUCGUGCUUCCGGUCAUUCGACUGCUUCCGGUCACCCAACCACUGGAAGCAAUUCAAGUGAUGAUCGGAACGGCGAGAUAACUGUGAUGCAGUUAACCACUUCCGGUCAAUCAUCCGCUUCCGGCCAGCCCACCACUUCUUCCAGUAAGGAAAGCGUUUCGAGCGAUGAUCUGAACGACGAGGUAACUGUGAUGCAGUCAACCACUUCUGGUCAAUCAUCCGCUUCUGGUCAGUCCACCACUUCUGGCAACUCCAGUAAGGAAAGCGUUACGAGCGAUGAUCGAAACGACAAGAUAACUGUGAUGCAGUCAACCACUUCCGAUCAAUCAACCGCUUCCGGCCACUCCAGUAAGGGAAGCGUUUUAAGCGAUGAUGCUGACGUUUUAGGUAAACAAAAAAAGAAAAACAAAGCAUUAUCAAAAUACAAAAUAGACUGGGAAUGCAAAAUGCCAUGGCUAGAGGCAAAUAAAACUGAUGUAUAUGCUGGAUUUUGCAAAGUCUGCCGAACAGACGUGAAAUGCAUUGCUGGCAUAAAGGACAUGCAAAGGCAUGGAGCCACCCAGAAGCAUAAAACUAACGCGAAAAACCUAGUGGAUGUGGGAAACCAAAAAACUGCCAUGGAGAAAUAUGUGAGUACGAAGAUCAACGAUAGCGUUAGGAAUGCAGAGCUAUUUUUGGUUACCUGGGCGGUUGGUCAGAACAAGUCAGCCUUUGAAAUUUAGGCGAUAGCUGCUGC